AUGGAGAAAGUCCUAAUAAAUUAUCGGUACAAGAUCCUUAAGAAAAUUGGAGAAGGCUCCUAUGGACUUAUUUACAAAGGAAUUGACACUGCUAAUGACGACCGAGAAGUAGCCAUUAAGUUAGAAGAGAUCAAUUGUGAGAUACCUCAGGUUUUGUAUGAAGCCAAAGUGUAUCAUACCUUACAAGGUAAUACUGGCAUUCCAAAGUUGCAUUGGGCAGGAGUUGAAGGAGACUAUAACAUCCUUAUUAUUGAGAAUUUAGGACCUUCUUUAGAGCAUCUCAGGAAAUUUUGAGGAGGAACAUUUUCUCUUAAGACAACUCUUAUGAUUGCAAUACAAUUAAUGGGCAGGCUUAAAACUUUUCAUUCACAUUGGCUUCUUCAUAGGGAUAUGAAGCCUGAAAAUUUAUUAAUCGGGUCAUCCAGAGAUCCCAAAACUUUGUUCAUCAUUGAUUAUGGCUUAGCCAAGGCUUACAGACACAAAGUCACAGGAAGACAUAUUCCUUGCAGAAAAGGAAAAGGGAUAACAGGAACUGUCAGAUACAGUAGCAUCCACACUCAUCAUGGGAUUGAAUCAGCAAGGAGAGAUGAUAUCGAAUCAGCAUUUUAUGUGCUUAUUUAUCUUUACAGAGGCUCUUUAUUAUGGCAGCAAAUCACUCAAAAAUAUGAGACUAGAGAUGAAUUAUCAAAAUAUAUUCAAGAGACAAAAGAGACAAAGUUAGCCACAGAGAUCUGAGGAUCAAUGCCUGAUGAAUUUGCAACUUUGCUAGAGUAUUCUAGAGAGCUUGAAUUUCAAGAAAAACCAGACUACUCAUUACUUACUUCCACAUUGAUAAUGUGAAUGAAAGAAAAUGAUAUCGAACGAGACUAUGAAUACGAUUGGAUAAAGAUUGCUAAACAACGAAACUAUCUUCACCAACCAAAGCCAAAAUUAAGCGAUUUAGAAAUUUACAAAAAUUUUCACAAGAAGAAAGUAGCUCCUUCUGACGACUCCCAGCCAAAGCCUUAUGCUCAUUAUUUCAAGCCAAAGAAGUUCAAGGAGAUGGCAAAGCUGAAUCUGACUUAUGAAGAAAAUAUAAUAUAGAGAAGAUUCCUAACUCAACUAAACCAAUUAAGACCUACAACAUCCAACCAAAGAAAAUCUCAUCCUCUUCAAAGCCUAAAGGACCUUCCCUCUACGACAACUAUUCAGAUUGCUCCCUAAAAUUUGACCAUCAGAAGAGAAAGAGGAAGAUUAUGCUAGAUGUUAAUCCCAAGCUAAAACUGCUCAUGUAAGAAGAUAGGGGGAAAAUAAUUAUGUUUGUAUAGGAAAGAAGAUGUGAAAAGCAAAGAUGUCUAUGAUAGAGAUGACAACAUUGAGGCACGGAGAGUAUCACUUCCAUCGAUUUUUGUUAAGAAAUCUGAUCCUUAUAAGUAACACCAGGUCACCCAACCCAA